AGUACAGAAUUCACAGAAGUUAAUGCAGCCAUCAGACAGAAGAGACAAGAACUGGAAUUGUCCUGUUCAUCUGUGCUUGCUAGAGUUGAAAGAAUUCCUUUAAUGUCUUAUGGAGCUGAAGCUGAGACCUUUCUUCUCACUUCUACUACAGUAGCAGGGACAAUUCUUCCAACAAAUAUCAGGCCUUUGGAAAACUUUGAAUCUUUAGGCAAAGGAUAUGCUGUUGCGUGUACCCAAGAAGGAGAAGAGAAAAAGCAAGCUUCUGGUUCAUCUGGCACUAGAGGAACUAGAAGGAAAUCAGUUAAUACUACUCCUAGAAGGAGGUCUGCACGAAACAGCAAAAAUGAGACUCUGGGUCAGUCUCGGAGCUCACCUCGGUCAAGCAGUUCUGCAUGUGGUGCCCCUGAUGGCAAUAACCCAUCUCUGAAUAAAUCUCCUUCAGAAUCAGAGAAGGCUCCUCCAAAACGAAAGCCUAAAAGAAUAGUUAAACAACAAACACCUGUGCUUAAAAAGAAACUCAGAAGUUCUGCACGUUGCGAAAAAUCACCCAGUGAUUCAGUGGAAGAUGAUGACAUUGCUGAGUCUGAAGCAGUUCUGACAUCUGAAGCAGUUCUAACAUUAGAUAAAGACCAGCAGUCAGAUAAUGAAAGCAAUAACGCAAGCCUUCCCCAGAAGAAUAAUGCAGAAACAGAAUCUGCUAAUGGAUUGGAAAGCUGUAGUGAACAUACAGAAAUUGAGGGAACUACAGGAGAAUGUGACAAAGAUGAAGAUACUUCAGGCAAUGCGAAUAUAAGUUUUUCUGUCCAAGAACCUCCAGUACUAAAUUCAGGAGGUGAAAGUCAGGAAUUUGAAGUAAAAGGUGUUACUGAAAAAAAUAUAGAUCUUGAGAGUCAGAACAUCUGUGAAAAUACUCUUGAACAAAUGGAAACAGUAGCUAGUCCCAGAGAUGAAGUAUGUGACCAUGCAACUUUUGCAAAAGUAGAUCAGACCUUGUGUAGUCCUCAAAAUGAAUUGAUGGAGAAUGUAGAAACUUUGACAAAAAUAGAUCAACCCAUAGCUAGUCCAGAAAAUGAAUUGUUGGAAUGUCCAGAACCUUUGGGAAAAGAUCGGCCAUCAGAGAGCCUCAGGAGUGAAUUGCCUGAGCAUCCAGAAGCCAUAGAAAUUGAUGAUUCUGAGGCUGAAGAAAAAACGGUGGUAGACUGUGCAAGUACAAAUAUUCAAAACUUAAAAACUGUUCAAGAUGAAGAACCAGAUACAUUAAUACACAGUAUUUCUAUGGACAGUGCAUCAGAACAAUCCUUAAAAGAGAACACCAUGCCAGAAAGUGAAGAAGGUAGAACUUCAGAGUCACCCCAGAUAAAUGCUGAACAUAAACAUUUUGGUGAAGAUAACAAUGAAAUGAUACCAAUGGAUUGUGACUCAUUUUGCAGUGACCAGAAUGAACCUCAGAUUGAGCAGUUACCACCAGUUGAAAGUACAGAGCAAGGAGAUGUGAACUCCUUACAGUGUGAUGCAGGAAACGGUACAUCGCUUUCAGGACUUCCUGAUGAAAAGGAUGAAACUGUUCCUCAAGAAAGAGAGUGCCAGUCAGAACUCAAAAAAGAUAAAAAGACUCGAACUAGAAGGUCUAGGUUUCACUCUCCAUCAACAACUUGGUCUCCUGCUAGGAGAGAGGGCAGAAAAUCUCAAUCACCAUCCCCUAAAAGGGAGAUCACCAGAGACAGGAGCUCGCGGUCACCCAAGAAGGAGACUGUGAGGGAGGGAAGGAGAUCUUUAUCUCGUUCUCCGAAGAGAGACAUGCUCAAAGAUGAGAAAAAAACACCAUCUCGAUCUCCCAAAAGGGAAACUGUCCGGGAAAGCAGGAGAUCAUCUUCUCGGUCAAGAACUAAGGAUUCAUCUCCGAGGCAAAAAUCUAGAUCUCGAAGCAGCGAUAGAGAUAGUCAAAGAAGAGAUCGUGACAGAGAAAGAAGAAAUAGGAGGUGGUCUAGGUCACGGUCACGAUCUAGGUCAAGAUCACGAUCUAGGACAAGAAAUAAAGGUUCUUCAUUCUCUAGAAAUGAGAGGGACAGUCAUUCACCUCGAUGGAAAGAGAGAUGGGCCAAUGACAACUGGAGGAGUCCCAGAGGAAAUGAUCGAUACAGAAGAAGUGAUCAAGAGAAACAGAAUGAAAGUCUUAAAAAAGAGAAGGACAACACAGAAAAAAACAGUGACGAUCAAUGUUCUUCAGACAAGCGGAGGAAUGAUUGUCCAGACUGGGUAAUGGAGAGGAUAAACUCCGUUCCUGAAGUCAGGAACAGAGAGAGAGAUAAACCACAUUGGGAAGACAGCAGGCAUGAUAAUUCAGGACACUCUUGGAAUAAAAACUUUGGUUCAGGUUGGAUUCCAAAUCGAGGGAGAGGUCAGCGUGGCCGAGGUGGGCGUGGAAGAGGUGGUUUCAUGUAUGGAGACCAGAGUGAAAAUCACUGGCAAAAUAGAAAACCUCUCUCAGGGAACUCAAACGGUUCUGGGAAUGAAACUUCAAGGUUCCCAGAACAUCAGCCAUACAAGCGUAAGAAUGAACAAGAUUAUUCUUUCGAUACACCUGCUGACAGAUCUGGGUGGACAUCUGCAUCCAGCUGGGCUGUAAGAAAGACUUUACCUGCUGAUGUGCAGAAUUAUUAUUCAAGAAGAGGACGCAGUUCAUCAAGCCCACAGUCUGGAUGGGGAAUGAGACAAGAAGAAGAGACACCUGAACAAGAUCCAAACCUCAAAGACCAAGGCAACCAGCAAAGUGAUGGUUCUCAGUUACCGAUAAAUAUGAUGCAGCAACAAAUGAAUGUAAUGCCACAAGUGAAUGCACAGCACCAACCUAUGAAUAUCUUUCCGUAUCCAGUGGGUGUCCAUCCUCCCAUGAUGAAUAUGCAACGAAAUCCUUUCAACAUCCACCCUCCGGUGCCCAUGCAUCUCCCUACUGGAGUGCCUCUCAUACAGGUAGCUGCUCCCACAAAUUUGUCUCAGGGAUUACCUCCGCCUCCACCUCCACCCCCACCAUCUCAACAAGUCAACUACAUUGCUUCACAGCAAGAUGGAAAACAAUUGCAGGGUAUUCCAAAUGCUGCUCAUGUAAGCAAUAACAUGAGUGCUCCAGCCGUGCCUGCUCCAGCGGCAGUCCUGGGAAACGUGGGAACAGUUCAGGGACCAAGUUCGGGUAAUGCAAUGUCGUCAAGUCACGUCAAGAGCUCUAAUACAGCUGUAAAAUUGGGAGAAAACAAAGCAAGUGUAACAGUGGAAGCCAGUGCAGAUAGCUCGAAGAAGGACCAG